AUGAACUUCUCAACCACUGCCAACUCGCCUGCUGGCGGCCCCUCUACUGGCGAGACAGCUAUUACCCCCGAAUUCUUGGAUGAAGCGAAGCGCAAGGUGCUGCAAAUGCUGGAUGAGCACACCCGCCGUCCGAACCCAGAACGUGAUGCUCUGGUCCUCAAAGGUCAGGUCAUGACGUCCUGGGGACUUCGCCAUGAUCUCGAAAUGAGCUUAAAGGAGAAACCAAUGCUGGACCUCAUCUUUGCCAAAGCCCGCAAACUGUGCACCAAGACCUCGGAGAAGCUCUCUCACCUUGCCAGAGGGUCAAAACUGCCUGAGAUAACCGAGGAACAGGAAACCGGAGAAAUAACCGCGGAGAACUUCGAGAAGAAGUGUAAUGAGGCAGCCAAGAUAUUCGAAAGAUUGCUGAAGGAGGAGCAAGAGUUUCGCGCCGGGCUGCGUGAAGUGUCUCCCUCUUGUGUGGUGGAUGAGGAUAAGCGGGCUGUCCGUGGCAUGGGAUCUUCAUGUGACGGGGAAGUUACUGACUGUCACGAGCAAGGUCGUGGUGACCUCGAGGAGGAUGUCGAGAUGACCGCGGCCUCUUUGGGGAAGUAA